AUGGUUACAGCCGGCCCUUUAUUCUCACCAGACCUGAUUGGAGCUGAUGUCGUAUCAUCGUUCCCUCAAGGUUACACAAUCCGACCACUAGAACGCAGAGAUUAUGCAAAAGGUUUCCUCGACUGCCUCGGCGUCUUGUCUGAUGUAGGAAACGUAUCCCAGGGUCAAUUCGAAGAGAGGUUCGAUUGGAUGAAGACACAGGGCCAGGGGGUGCAUUUUCACGUGGUUAUUGAGCACGAGAACCGGAUUGUCGGAACUGGAGCUAUUAUUGUAGAGAGAAAGUUUAUUCACAAUCUUGGGUUAAUUGGCCAUAUCGAGGAAAUUGCAAUUGGGAAGGAUUUCCAGGGCAAAGGCCUUGGUUUAAAGUUGCUGGCCAGCUUGUCGUCCAUUGCAAAGAAUGUCGGGUGCUACAAGACGACUCUGGGAACCAGCCCGGACAACGAGCCGUUCUAUGUCAAAUGCGGCUACAACAAGUCUGGAAACAUCAUGAACCAAUACUUUGAAGAGCCAAAGGAACCCUAUUAUCGGGGAUAA